UAUUGAAGGUGGCCGGUGCUCCGGACCCGUUCGAGGCGGCAAGUGGCAACGGCGGCGUCGGGGGAAAUUUUCAGAUGCUGGCGGGGACGUCUAAACGGGGCAUGGCUGGCAGGCGCAAGGUGGACCUGUCUUCCCUGAAGAGCGGCGGAACCAUGGGCGUCGCCCCCGGGGGUGGCGGGGGGGGACGGCGAAUCGUCGCCGACGGACUGGGCGGUUUCACGAUCGCAACGGGGGCGGCGGCGGCGGCGGCAGCGGUGCCGACAACGGUGCCGACAACGUUGUCUUCAGGUGGGACUCCUCUCUUCGACCUUAGUGGUGAAGGCCCGGAAAUGGCGUCACCCCCGGAGCAACAGCAGCAGCGCGGGUGGACCAACAACAACAAGCGCCUACGGGUUGGUGGUGGUGGCGGACGGCUCGGCGCCGCUCCUGUUUUGCCGGCGGCGGCGGAGGACAUCCCGGCGCUUUAUCGCGAGGCGGGGGCGUGCGUCAUCUCCGGAAAGAAGAAAAAAGGCGGCGGUGGCAAAGGAGGAGCGGGAGUGGCGAACGGGAAAAAGGGGUCCUCCCAGAACGUUCAGCAGCCGGUCAGGGGGAACGCGAAAGGGGGCGGCAAGACGAAGGCGGUCUCGAACGGCGCGGGGGCAGGGGAACGGACGCUGCAUGAGUUGAUGAGUGGCGGGCUCGCAGCGACUCGGCGAUGAUAAAGUGUGUAUGGCAUGCUUUUAGAGCAUGUGUGCAACCGUUGCUUUUAGUGCUGCAUGGCGGGCUGGCUUCUCCCCAUUUGCACGAGGGCUCGAUUUUUUCUUGUUUUCCACUUGUGGAAAACCCGCUUUUUAGCUUGGCUGUUGCUUGUUGUGCAGCAUGGCGUGCUACACACCCACGUGGGGGUGAUUUCGGCUUUUGUUUACCUUUGGGAACCGCGACAGCUUGCUGACGUUCUACUCGAUGAGCGCAAAGGCUUCGCGGCAGGGCGCAUGUAAGGAUGUUGUUGUUUAACGAUUUUUCAUUUUUUUUGUCCCCAUGGACGAUGGUGGAACGCGCCAACUAGUAGGCGGCUAACGUUCCCCGGGAGUAGUGUAUCAUGCUGUGUAUGUUAGGCUACUUUACGCGUUCAACAGCGGCCGGUUGUCUGUAACAUCACGCGGUGUAUGUCAGGCUACAAAGCGUGCAACACCGGCCGCUGCGGUGACCCGGUCCUACAACUAACUCCGCAAGGAAAGGUUGAUUGAACAGUGUGCGAGCCUUGAGCCUAAGUUGGUUGAUUGUCUUCGAAACGCCGAAAAAGACUUGCUGCGACUAUCUGUUGUGCGAAAAACACACAAGAUCUAGGACGUCUUAGUAGGUAGAGUGGUGGUGCUGGUGUCAGGCUGGUUUUGUUUAUUAUUGCUGUUCGCGGGUGGCCAAAGCGGUGGUCGGGUUGGUUGUACAAGUUAACAGGAGUGAGCGAGUUCAAGACGAUAAUAAAAAGUCCGUGGUAUGC